AUGUAUCGAGCACGAUCCCUUAUGCCCGGUAGAAGGGCUCUUAUCCUUUCCACCGCUACAGUAGCUGUUGGAUCUGCCUACCUCCUCUCUCGACCUGCAUACGCCGAUUCGAAUCCAGUUCCCGUCGGUAAGAAAAGGCCUGGAGCACUAUGGUCUCCUCCAUCACGAGCACAAAUGCUCGAGCAUCUCAGGACAUCCGGUGUCUACGUACAUCGAACUCCCGAUGGUGGUCCGGAACCCGGUCCAGUAUUGAGGAAAGAUGAGACUGAAGCAGAGGGUGAUGAUGUCUUUGAUCUUCUGAUCGUAGGUGGUGGUGCUACCGGUGCAGGUACAGCUUUAGAUGCUGCAAGUAGAGGACUGAAAGUUGCCUGUGUGGAAAGAGAUGAUUUUUCAAGUGGUACUUCUUCAAAAUCUACUAAACUCGUACAUGGUGGUGUCCGAUAUCUUCAAAAAGCUAUCUUUGAGUUAGAUUACGAACAAUGGAAAUUGGUCAAAGAAGCCCUUAAAGAACGAAGAGUCUUCUUGGAAACAGCUCCUCAUCUCUCAAGCAUGCUGCCUAUCCUCCUUCCCAUCUACACCUGGUGGCAAUUACCUUAUUACUAUGCCGGUUGUAAACUUUACGAUGUCCUUGCCGGAAAGGAGAACAUGGAAAGUGCUUACUGGAUGGGUAAAGGUAAAGCUAUGGAAGCUUUCCCCAUGUUGAAAUCUGAUGGUUUGGUUGGUGGUGUCGUUUACUAUGAUGGACAACAUAAUGAUUCUCGAAUGAACAUCUCCCUUGUCAUGACUGCCGUUCAACACGGUGCGGUCAUGGCCAACCACGUAGAAGUUACAGCUCUUCACAAGCGACCCGAUCCUUCUCGAGGUGGCGAAGAGAGAAUCUACGGUGCUACCCUUAAAGAUAGAAUGACCGGUGAAGAAUGGAAAGUUCGAUGCCGAGGUGUUAUCAACGCCACUGGACCUUUCAGUGACGGUGUAAGAAAACUCGACGAACCUACCGUCAAAGAAAUCGUCGCUCCUUCCGCUGGUGUACAUAUCACUCUUCCCAACUAUUACGGACCUAAAACCAUGGGUCUUCUCGAUCCUGCCACUUCCGAUGGACGAGUUAUCUUCUUCUUACCUUGGCAAGGAAAUGUCAUCGCCGGUACCACCGAUUCACCCACUACCGUCUCUCAAAACCCCAUCCCAGCUGAAAAGGAAAUUCAAUGGAUUCUUGAUGAAGUUAGAAAUUACCUUUCACCCGAUGUCAAAGUUAGAAGAGGUGAUGUACUCUCAGCUUGGUCAGGUAUUCGACCUCUUGUCAUGGACCCCGCUGCCAAGAACACCCAAUCCCUGGUUAGAAACCACAUGAUUAAUAUCAGUAAAGGUGGUCUUUUGACUAUUGCCGGUGGUAAAUGGACUACUUAUCGAGCUAUGGCCGAAGAGACGGUUGAUGCUGCAAUCAAGGAGUACGGUCUCAAACCUACCGGAAAGAGUACUACUGAACAUAUCAAACUUGUCGGUGGACACGCUUGGACCAAGACAAUGUAUAUCAAACUUAUUCAACAGUUCGGUCUUGAAACUGAAGUCGCUAAACAUCUAUCUGAAUCUUAUGGUGAUCGAGCAUGGACCGUCGCCUCCAUGGCUUCUCCUACCAACACAAGUUGGCCUCUUCACGGUGUACGAAUCUCGCCCCUGUAUCCAUACAUCGAAGCCGAGGCACGAUAUGCCGUACGAUGCGAAUACGCUUUAACGGCUGUCGAUUUCGUUGCUAGACGAACCCGAUUAUCAUUCUUGAACGUUCAAGUAACAUUGGAAACAUUACCCAGAGUCAUCGACAUCAUGGGUGAAGAGUUAGGCUGGGACAGAACAAAGAAGGAAGCUGAAUUUGAUAACGCUGUUGAAUUCCUGAAAUCUAUGGGUUUACCUGAAUCCGCUACGAAUAUCAAACUCAAAGAUAUUACUAAGUCUCAUGGUAACAUCGGUACUCUCGGUCUGGCCGAUAAGGAAGAUGCCAAACUCUACGCAAGGGCCCAAUUCACUCCCGAUGAAGUCUCUAACCUCAAGAAACAAUUCGAGGAAUUCGACUUUGAUCAUGAUCAACACAUCACCAAAGAUGAUUUGAUUCACGCCAUGACCAACAUGGGCUAUGACGCUUCAACAGAAUUGGCAGAUAGUAUCUUAAGAGAAGUUGAUUUCGGUAGAAAAGGAUUCGUUGAUUUCUCAGAUUACUUGGAUAUCGCAGCUGGACUCAAAGAAUUAUCGUUAGAAUCUGCUUUCACACAUUUAGCUCAUAUGGAUUCAACGAGAAACGUAAACGAAUCGAAACAAGCUAGAAUAGGUCCUCACGCAAAUGAUGAUUCUCAAGCUAGGGAAUCAAGAAGAAAGAUCCCCGUUGAAAGAUCAGGUGGCGGUACAUAA